CACCACCGACCCUCUUUUUUUUGGUUCCCUUUUUCUUCAAGUUAUUCCUUAUAGAAUUUAAUUUUAAGUCAACCUUUUCGUCCUGAAUUUUAAGUUAUUCUAUGUUGCUUACUCUAUUUUGCAUGCCUGUUUCUCUUUCUUGGGUUUUAGUUAAAAUUUUCGUUUAAUUUUUUUUAAUUUAAAUUCUGGUUCAUUCAUUUCGGGUAAUGGUGGGGAUUGGGUCGUUUUCUUAGGGUUUACUUUCUCUUCUGUUUUUCUUUUUUUUGGGGUUUUUGUUCUUUUCUGUUUAGAAUUAUUUAAUUAGUUGGUGACAUUAAAGAUUUUGUUUUUUUUUGUUAAAGCUACCAGGUUUCAUUAAAUUCGGGUCUAAACAAAAAUCCAGUUUCCUUUUUUUUUUUAAAUGCAAAUCAUAAAAUUUGGGUUAUAAGUUCACUUUUGAAUACAGGGUUCUAAUAGGAUUUGGGGUUGGUGAAACAGGGUUUUUUUUAUCCGAUCAUAUUUAUACUUGGUUGAUAUUUAAUGCUCUUGUCCUGAAUUGGGGAAUCUUGCAACUUAUUUUUUAAUUUGAGUUUAAAUUCCAUUGUUAUUAUCAGUUUUGCAGUUUAAGGGUCUUUAAUUGUGUUUUUUUAUUUGGUGAUUUUGUUAUAUUCUUUUAACUAUGGAUUUCAAAACUGGUGAGGAAGAUAAAGGUAUCAAGGCACCAAAGAAACAAGAUGGACUAGAAGGAGGUGGAAAUUCAAAGAUGAAGGGCAAUGGAAGCAUUAGUGGCAAAGACAUGAUCUUUAGAGCUGAUCAAAUUGAUUUAAAAAGCUUAGACAUGCAGCUGGAGAAGCACCUGAGCCGAGUUUGGUCUAGGAACAUUGAGAAACAAAGGCCAGCUGAGGAAUGGGAGAUUGAAUUGGCUAAGUUGGAUUUAAGGAAUGUUAUAGCUCAUGGCACCUAUGGGACUGUUUAUCGUGCCACUUAUGAUAAUCAAGAUGUUGCAGUUAAGCUGCUGGACUGGGGCGAGGAUGGUAUCGCCACAACUGCUGAAACUGCUGCUCUACGAGCAUCAUUUCGGCAAGAGGUUGCUGUUUGGCACAAGCUUGAUCAUCCUAAUGUUACAAAGUUUAUAGGGGCCUCAAUGGGAACUUCAAACCUUAAGAUUCCUUCGAAAGUUCCUUCGGCUGACAAUCACAAUCCCCUUCCUUCUAGAGCAUGCUGUGUUGUUGUCGAGUAUCUCCCUGGUGGCACACUGAAACAAUACUUGAUAAGAAAUAGGCGAAAGAAACUCGCUUUUAAGAUUGUGGUCCAACUUGCUCUGGACCUCGCCAGAGGUCUCAGCUACCUGCACUCGAGAAAGAUUGUACAUCGUGAUGUCAAAACAGAAAACAUGUUGCUAGAUGGUCAUAGAAACCUUAAAAUUGCAGAUUUUGGUGUUGCACGCGUUGAAGCUCAGAAUCCACGAGACAUGACAGGUGAAACCGGUACUCUUGGCUAUAUGGCCCCUGAGGUUCUUGAAGGUAAACCCUACAACAGAACAUGUGAUGUCUACAGCUUUGGCAUUUGCUUGUGGGAAAUUUAUUGCUGCGAUAUGCCUUAUCCGGACCUUAGCUUUGCCGAUGUGUCAUCUGCUGUUGUUCGACAGAAUCUACGACCAGAUAUCCCGAGAUGCUGCCCGAAUUCUUUAGCAAACAUCAUGAAAAAAUGUUGGGAUGCGAAUCCGGAGAAACGCCCUGCAAUGGAGGAGGUUGUGAGAAUGCUAGAAGCUGUUAAUACAAGCAAAGGAGGAGGGAUGAUACCGGACGACCAAACGCCAACUUGCUUAUGUUUAACCUCGCUUCGUGGUCCAUGAUUCUCGCCUCACAGUCCAAAUUCCGACCUAAUAAAGUACCAUAUCGUAAGAGUGGUUGCAUGAAGCACUUAGAUGAAUUCUAAAAUUAAAAGGUUUUGAUCUUGUUAUGUAACUAUCAUACUUUGAUUUGUGUUAAUAUUUCAUUACCAUGAAACUCCAUUUUACAUUUUGUUAAUGAAAUGAAUUGAGUUAAAAA